AUGGAAGACUGCAUCAAAUGCCCUGAAGAUCACUAUCCAAACAAGGACCAAAAUGGAUGUAUCCCUAAAGUUACAACCUUCUUGUCCUUUGAAGACCCUUUAGGGAUCUGUUUGACUGUAAUAGCUCUUUCUCUUUCCCUAAUCACAGCUUUGGUGCUAGGAAUUUUCAUUACACACAGAGAUACCCCCAUAGUCAAAGCCAACAACCGGGAUAUCACCUAUGGUCUACUCCUCUCACUUCUGCUUUGUUUCCUUUGCUCUUUGCUGUUUCUUGGACAGCCUAAGAAGGUGACAUGUAUCCUCCGUCAACCUGCUUUCGGCAUCGUCUUCUCAGUGGCAGUGUCUUGUGUGUUGGCAAAAACCAUCACUGUAGUUGUAGCUUUCAUGGCCACCAAACCAGGAUCCAGCAUGAGGAAGUGGGUGGGGAAAAGACUGGCCAGUUUCAUAAUCCUUUCCUUCUCCUUUCUUCAAGUCGGCAUCUGUACAGUAUGGCUAGGAACAUCUCCCCCUUUCCCAGAUUUUGACAUGCAGUCAUUGAUUGAAGAGAUUGUAGCCUUCUGUAAUGAGGGGUCUGUUCUUAUGCUUUACAUUGUCCUGGGUUACAUGGGACUCCUAUCCAUCAUCAGCUUGAUUGUGGCUUUUCAAGCCAGGAAGCUGCCAGACACAUUUAAUGAAGCCAAGUUCAUCACCUUCAGCAUGCUGAUCUUUUGCAGUGUUUGGGUGUCCUUUGUACCAACUUACCUGAGUACCAAAGGGAAAUACAUAGUAGCCAUGGAGAUCUUCUCUAUCUUGGCCUCCAGUGCUGGAUUACUGGGCUGUAUCUUUUCUCCAAAGGUUUACAUUAUUGUGCUGAGGCCUGAGCUGAACACAAAAGGGGGGAUCAUUGGGAGAAAGAAUUAA